CUUGAGUGCCAGAGAACAGUGGCACCUUCUAGCGCGUCUCAUGUGUUAACCCCGCCUUUCACUCCUCAUCCUCAUCUCGUUCACCGUCUUUCUGCUCGGAAUAUAUCUACAGGACGACGACAAGCAAGAUGUCUUCGGGAUUCAGGAUAACGUCGUCGUUAUGGGACAAAAUACACCAUUUCGCGUCGUUUCCCCAGACAGGAGUGUCGCUCCAGCAGAUGGUGUUGUUUGGGCAGAAUCCUAGUCAGGGUACCUUGUUGAAAGCUGGCCAGUUCUUGAAAGAGGAACUUCCCGUGCGGCUCGCACACCGGGUGAAGGAGCUCGAUGAGCUGCCACACAACCUAGGCCAGAUGCCGUCCAUCCAGAAAGUACGGAAUUGGUAUGCACAGUCGUUCGAGGAACUCAUCAAUUUGGAGCCUGUACGUGUGUCCUCGGACGUCCGGAAAGCACUCAUGGUGCCUUCGUCAUCCUCUGAAGAAUCGUAUCUACCGGAAUCUGUGCCGAACCCGUCGUUGGAGGACUUGAAGGACCAUUACAACUCUCAUAACAGGAAUGGCAACGGGAGCAAUCGGUCCAAGCUCAGAAUACCGAUUGAGAAGAGGUAUUACGCUAAAACGUCGGGGAUCGACUGGCCACCAGAGGUGCACGAAUAUAACAGAAACUUCACGAAACUGCUCGAGUCCAUCAAGAAGCGACACGACCCGACUGUGACGACUGUGGCGCAAGGCGUGCUGGAGUGGAAGAGGAAGCAGAACGCGAAGGAUAUUGGGCUGGAUAUCCAGGCCUGGUUGGAUAGGUUUUAUAUGUCGCGUAUUGGCAUUCGGUUUUUGAUUGGGCAGCAUGUGGCGUUGAACAACCUCCAACCACACCCCGACUACGUGGGCAUAAUCUGUACGAGAUCGAACGUCCAUGACAUCGUCCAUGAAGCGAUCGAAAACGCCCGGUUCGUCUGCGAAGAGCACUACGCGAUGUUCAAGGGUCCACCCGUCCAACUCAUCUGCCCACCCGACCUCCACUUCGCCUACGUCCCUGGCCAUCUCUCCCACAUCUGCUUCGAACUGCUCAAAAACUCCCUCCGUGCGGUCGUCGAGCGCUACGGCCCGCAGAAGGAGGAGCUGUUGCCGCCGAUAAAGGUCGUGGUGGUGGAGGGCAAGGAGGAUAUUACGAUCAAGAUUAGUGAUGAGGGAGGGGGCAUCCCGAGGAGCGCGAUACCGUUGAUUUGGACGUAUAUGUAUACGACGAUGGAGGGGCAAGGGAUUGAUCAGGAUUUCCAGAGUAGUGAUUUCCAGGCGCCGAUGGCAGGUUUCGGGUAUGGGCUACCACUGUCGAGACUGUAUGCGCGGUAUUUCGGAGGCGAUCUUAGGUUGAUCUCGAUGGAUGGGUUCGGGACGGAUGUGUACAUUCACCUCAACCGACUGUCGAGUUCGAAAGAGCCGCUCCCAUGAUUUAAACCAGUAGGCAUCCUAUCAUCGUUGAAGUUCGCGGACAUUCAAGCUAUCAAUUGGAAUUCACGCUUUGCAUACUACCUCCGGGACGCUCAACCCACUGCUCGACGCACUCGUCUGUGU